AUGGCGAUUUCCUCUGACUCCCAGUAUCUUUCAGAAAUGGCCAUCAGUUUGCAAAUGAUGAAAAACGCAAGAAGCCUGAUAGCUGUAGGACUGGGCGUUGCAGCUUUUGCAUUUGUGGGUCGCUAUGUAUUUCAGACCUGGAAACCUCUAGAACAAGUAAUCACAGAAACUGCAAAGAAGAUUGCAACUCCUAACCUUUCAUCCUACUAUAAAGGAGGAUUUGAACAGAAAAUGAGUAGGCGAGAAGCUAGUCUUAUUUUGGGUGUAAGCCCAUCUGCUGGCAAGGCCAAGAUUAGAACAGCUCACAGGAGAAUCAUGAUUUUGAAUCACCCGGAUAAAGGUGGAUCUCCAUACUUAGCAACCAAAAUAAAUGAAGCAAAAGACUUGUUGGAAGAAACCACCAAACACUGAUGAAUGCUCAAGGAUUACUCUGAAGGAAAGGGGGGUGAGGGGGCUUAAAAAACAAAGUCCUGCAUAUUGAAUCUAAACCACCACCGUCAACAUUUUCAUACAUGUGCUAACCCUAAAUAAUAAUUUAUUCCACUGUUAAGCAGUAUAAUAAUAAAAGAUUAAUAAUC